GGUCCGCGCCGGCUCGCGAGCGCAGGUGCAACCGUGGGUUCCCGGGCGAGAGCUGUACAGGUGUCCGGAUCCCCGGGUUUGCUGCGCCGCCGAACCCCCUCCGCCCGCGCCAGCCGUCUGCCCAUGGAGUCCUUGCCUUUCCCCCGGCGCCUCGGCCCUGCGCCCUCGGCCACUGCCGCGCUGGCCGCCGAGCUGGUCCGGCCCCUGGCCGACGGGCUUCUCAAGUCGCCCAAGCCCCUGAUGAAGAAGCAGGCGGUGAAACGGCACCACCACAAGCACAACCUGCGACACCGCUACGAGUUCCUGGAGACUCUGGGCAAGGGGACUUACGGGAAGGUGAAGAAGGCGCGGGAGAGCUCCGGGCGCCUGGUGGCCAUCAAGUCAAUCCGGAAAGACAAAAUCAAAGAUGAGCAAGAUCUGAUGCACAUUCGGCGAGAGAUUGAGAUCAUGUCAUCACUCAACCACCCCCACAUCAUUGCCAUCCACGAAGUGUUUGAGAACAGCGGCAGGAUCGUGAUCGUCAUGGAGUACGCCAGCCGAGGCGACCUGUAUGACCACAUCAGCGAGCGGCAGCGCCUCAGCGAGCGCGAGGCCAGACACUUCUUCCGGCAGAUCGUCUCCGCUGUGCAGUAUUGCCAUCAGAAUGGGGUUGUCCACCGGGAUCUCAAGCUGGAGAAUAUCCUUUUGGAUGCCAACGGAAAUAUCAAGAUCGCCGACUUUGGCCUCUCCAACCUCUACCACCAAGGCAAGUUCCUGCAGACAUUCUGCGGGAGCCCGCUCUACGCCUCGCCCGAGAUCGUCAAUGGAAAGCCCUACACGGGACCAGAGGUGGACAGCUGGUCCCUGGGUGUUCUCCUCUACAUCCUGGUGCAUGGCUCCAUGCCCUUUGAUGGGCAGGACCACAAGACGCUAGUGAAACAGAUCAGCAAUGGGGCUUACCGGCAGCCUCCUAAGCCCUCUGAUGCCUGUGGCCUGAUCCGGUGGCUGUUGAUGGUAAACCCUACCCGCCGGGCCACCCUGGAGGAUGUGGCCAGCCACUGGUGGGUCAACUGGGGCUAUGCCACCCGUGUUGGGGAGCAGGGGGCCCCACACGAGGGCGGGCACCCCGGCAGCGACCCCGGCCGGGCCUCCGUGGCUCAGUGGCUGAGACGCUCCUCCCGCCCCCUCCUGGAGAACGGCGCCAAGGUCUGCAGCUUCUUGAAGCAGCAGGCGCCGGGUGGCAGGGGCCUUGCCCCCGGCCUGGAGCGCCAGCACUCACUCAAGAAGUCCCGCAAGGAAAACGCCAUGGCCCAGACCCUACAGGGGGCCCCGGCCGCCGAUGCCUCCCCUCGCCCUGGGAAGGGUGGCCUCAAGCUGCCGAAAGGCAUUCUCAAGAAGAAGACGUCGAAUCCCACAGAGGGGGCGAGAGAGGACCCUGAGCCCGGCCCCAGCCCCGCCAACCCAGGCCAGGCUGGCCCGCUGCUCCCAAAGAAGGGCAUCCUCAAGAAGGCGCGCCAGCGGGAGUCCGGUUACUACUCGUCCCCUGAGCCCAGCGAGUCUGGGGAGCUCUUGGAUGCCGGGGACGUGUUUGUGAGUGGGGAUACCGUGGAGCCCAAGCCCCCGCCAGCCUCGGGGCGGCUGCCGCACCGCAAGGGCAUCCUCAAACACAACGGCAAGUUCUCGCAUGCGGCCCUGGAGCACACAGCCCCUGCCACCUUUGGCUCUUUGGAUGAACUGACCUCCCCACACCCUCCAGCCCGGGCCAGCCGCCCCUCAGGGGCCGUGAGUGAGGAUAGCAUCCUGUCCUCUGAGUCCUUUGACCAGCUGGACUUGCCCAAACGGCUCCCCGAGCCCCCACUGCGGGGCUGUGUGUCUGUGGACGACCUCAUGGGGCUGGAGGCACCCCCCUCGGAGGGCCCUGGAAGCCGAGGCCUGAGGCGCUGGAGGCAGGACUCCCUGGGGACUAGCUGCUUUUCCCUGCUGGACUGCCCGGAGGGGACAGAGGGCUGCCAGCAGGGACUGAGGGUCUGCUCGGAGCUCAGCUGAAGCGGGGCGGGGGUGGGCAUUGCCCGUGCGGGCAGGCUCUGAGAUGCAGCUGGAUGCACCCUGAGGGGGAGACUGCCUUCUUCCCUGCCUCCCAGGACCCACAUCCCAGCCCAGAAGGCUGAGGUGGUUCAGUUGAGCCCUGGGUAGGGCUGGAUGUGGGCAGUGGGCAAGUGAAGUGCGUUGAGGGUUCAACGUCUUCAGCCCCGUGGAACCAAAAAGGUAGCUCUAGAGGGGAAAUGAGUAGAGAAGCAGUGAGGAAGGCCCGUGGCUGAGUCCAGGUUGCCUGUUAAUUUCCAGGUUGCCUUGCCCAUUGCCCCCUCUGAGGGGGUUGACGCCUUCUUCUUGAGAAUGCCUUUGGCAGCUUGAGGCCGCCCAUACCAGGGCGAGGGGCGGCGUCCCCCUGGAGGGUCUGGGCCGUGUAGUUCUUACUCCUGGACUUCUUAAGCAGAUGCUGGCGCCACAGCCACUGAGCCGUGGAGGCCCGGCCAGGGUCGCUGCUGGAUGCCCGCCCUCCUGCGGGGACAGGGUCGCCUGUGCUCUCCCCAUAGUAGGGCCACAGAAGCUGGAAAGGGCGCUCUAUCAGUGCCUAGCUCCUGUAAAGAGUAAGUUUGUGUGUGAUGCCGUCCUGCCAAGGUGGGGCUGGAAGCUCUUCAUUCACAUACACAUUCCCUUAUUCACCAGCUGUUGCAGGAAGGGGGGCCCCUUCCAGGGCCCAGAACUGGGCUCUUGUCUAACACUCGGAAAUGAAUUGUCCGAGGAGACACAUGUGCUGACAAAGCAAGAGACUUUAUUGGGAAAGGCACCUGGGUGGAGAGCAGGAGGGCAAGGGAACCCAGGAGGACUGCUCUGCCAGUGGCUCGCAGUCUCGGGGUUUAUGGUGAUGGGAUUAGUUUCCGGGUUGUCUUUAGCCAAUCAUUCUGACUCAGAGUCCUUCCUGGUGGUGCACGCCUUGUUCAGCCAAGAUGGAUGCCAGAGAGAAGGAUUCUGGGAGGUGGUCGGACACGUGGUGUCUCCUUUGGACCUUUCCCGAACUUUUCCAGUUGGUGGAGGUUUAUUAGUUUUGUGUUCCUUAGCAGGAUCUCUUGUCAUAAAACAACUCAAGCAAAUGGUUGCUAUGGUGCCUGGCCAGGGUGGGCGGUUCCAGUCAAUGUGCUUCCCUUAACAGAACCACUCAAACUGGAAUGUGCCCCCCCCUCAGUUUUCCCUGGGGUGGCUUGGGAAUGGUCUCCUAGAGUGUGCCCUUCCUUACUUACCUGAGCAGUAAGAGAACACAACCUCUGUUUCCUCAAAGGAUCUCUCCCCCUUCCCAUCCUCCAAACCUGGAAAGUGAAAGUGAAAAUAGCUCAGUCACGUCUGACUCUUUGCAGCCCCAUGGACUGUAGCCCACCAGGCUGCAAUUGCAGACAGUUCCCUCAGUCCAUGGAGUUCUCCAGGCAAGAAUACUGGAGUGGGUUGCCAUUCCCUUCUCCAGGGGAUCUUUCAGACCCAGGGAUCGAACCCCAGUCUCCAGCUUUGCAGGCAAAUUCUUUACAGUCUGAGCCACCGGGGAAGCUUCACUUUCCUGUCACUGUUUAAUUCCUGCAUCAGGAAUUAGCAGAGGACACCGAGGGUGUGGGUGAGAAUGCCCACAUCCCUCACUCACCAGAGGGUUUAGGAGGCUGCUGGUACGCCCUGUUGCUGAUCUGUUUUAUCAGCGUCUUGUGGUCCUGCCCAUCAAAGGGCAUGGAGCUAUGCACCAGGAUGUAGAGGAGAACACCCAGGGACCAGCUGUCCACGAGGGAGAGACCAGGUCAGCCAGGAGGUCCUCAUGCCGCAGGGCGAACAGAGUCGCUGCUGUGAAUCUAAAAGACUUGAAAAGGCUCAGGCUGCUAAUGGACUUCAUCUCAAGGGGCUCAGAUUCCCCUGG